GUCCAUGCAGUCUUUCCUAUAAUUCCGUUCCCAUUGUGACACGUUCUUUUUCUUGAAAAAUCUCUUUGCUCUUCCUUUCAAUCCAUUCGUUCAUUCAGGUUUAAUUUAUCUCUAUCCCUUUUCCAUGGUGGCCCUCACUUGGCUCGGCGUGGCAGCAGGCUUCGUGCUGACCAUAUGGCCACCUUCAGCUACCGCAAGCCCUGGCUUCCAUCAAUUGGCCAGCCAGAGCUACAAGAGCGGUGCUUCCGUCUGUCCGGAGCGCUGCCGCAAUGCUGGGCCCAAUACCGGGAACUGGUCGGUGUACUCUGGCUUCAGGCAGAUCCGGAAGUGCAAGGAGACGAUAUUCUAUGACUUCUCUCUGUUUGACGAUGUCGAUGAUUGGGAGAAAACCCACCGCAUUCAAGCCUGCUCUUCAUACGGGCCGGACUUUGCCACGUUCCCAGCGAGUACCGCAGUUGUCACUUCUAGCGAGUCCGUUGAUGUUGAGUUCGAACUGGGCUGGUGGCAUGAGGGUUUCGGUCUGGCGGGUGCUGGGCUGCGGUCAAUUGUUAGGCAGAUGCGCCACUAUGCUGAUGGAGAGCAUGGCAAGACCGAUAGGCCAUUUAUCAUAUACGGCCAGUCUGGCCAAGCUACAAUUGGAUUGUAUGUUGGCCAGGGCCUGCUGAAGCAAGGGCUCAGCGAGUCUGCGCUCAGGCUCUUCCAGGACAAUCUUGACAAACUUGACAUCACCACCCCUAGCUUAGCUAUGCAGCUCUGCGAGCAAGGCUACGAUAGCACACAUGUAUUCGGUAUUAUGGCGACCAGCAACGGAACUUUUGCUCCCAUCCAAAUUGCAAUCAAGUCUUGGGCUAAUGCGACGUGCUUAUCGUUCCCCGGAUCCGUCAAGCUUGCCGGCUCUGCAAAGUUCACUACGCCUCUUCUAAGUGGCAACCGCACUACUGCCGCCUCUUCCAUUCACUUGGCGCGCAAUCUGACUUGGAACCUCGUUGCAAGAGGCGAUGGCGAGUGUACAACUGUACAAGUUGAUGCCGGGAACAGCUGUGCCGACCUGGCAGUGAAAUGUGGCAUUUCGGGCGCUGACUUCACGAAGUACAACCCCGGUGAUGAUUUCUGCUCCACGUUAAAGCCUAAGCAGCAUGUUUGCUGCUCCAGUGGAAAUCUUCCUGAUCUUCGCCCUCAGCCCAACGAAGAUGGCUCAUGCAAGGCAUAUCAAGUUCAAGCCGAUGACAAUUGCGACAGCCUGGCUGCCGAGUAUAGCCUUGAGAUUGAUGAUCUCGAGGAGUUCAACAAGGACACCUGGGGCUGGAACGGUUGUGAGCUGCUAUUCAAGGAUACUGUUAUGUGUCUGAGUAAAGGGACUCCACCAUUCCCUGCGGAAAUCUCCAAUGCCCAAUGUGGUCCCCAGAAGCCAGGCACAAACCCACCUACGAAUGGCUCAAAUAUUGCCGAUCUCAAUCCUUGCCCGCUCAACGCAUGCUGUAAUAUCUGGGGCCAAUGCGGCAUUACCGCAGACUUCUGCGUCGAUACCAACACUGGGGCCCCAGGUACGGCUGAGCCAGGGACGUAUGGAUGUAUAUCCAAUUGUGGAAUGGAUGUUGUUAAGGGUUCUGGGUCUGGAAAUGUCAAAAUUGCCUACUAUGAAGGCUACUGCCUCAGCAGAAAAUGUCUCUUCCAGGAUGCCUCGCAGAUUGAUACCUCGCAGUACACGCACCUCCAUUUCGGCUUCGGAACGCUGACCGAAUCGUGGGAGGUCGAGACAGGGGAUGUACUAUCUACCUACCAAUUUGGCGAGUUCAAAAAAGUCUCUGGGGUCAAGAGAAUCCUUUCCAUUGGUGGGUGGGACUUCUCGACCAUGCCUAAAACAUACAAGAUCUUCCGCAACGGUGUCAAACCCGCUAAUAGGCUAACCAUGGCAACAAACAUCGCCAACUUCAUCAAGGAUAAUGACCUUGACGGUGUCGACAUUGACUGGGAAUAUCCAGGAGCACCUGACCUCCCUGAAAGUGACCCUGGCACAGCCGAAGAUGGUCCCAAUUACCUUGCGUUUCUUGUCGUUCUCAAAAAUCUCUUGCCAGGAAAGUCUGUUUCCAUUGCUGCACCUGCAUCCUACUGGUACUUGAAGCAGUUCCCUAUAGAGGACAUGGCUAGGAUCGUCGACUACAUUGUCUAUAUGACCUACGAUCUUCACGGCCAGUGGGAUGCGCAUAACAGCAAUUCACAGGAAGGGUGUGAUACGGGAAAUUGUCUGCGUAGCCAGGUUAACUUGACUGAAACAAAACAAUCCUUGGCAAUGAUUACCAAGGCAGGUGUCCCUGGCGCAAAGGUCAUUGUCGGUGUUACGAGCUAUGGCCGAUCCUUCAAGAUGGCAGACCCAAAUUGCUGGGGGCCCGAUUGUCUUUACACUGGCGACCGCUUGAACUCUGACGCGAAGAAGGGUGAAUGUACUAACACGGCAGGGUACCUUGCCGGUGCGGAGAUUGACGAUAUCAUGAAGGAUUCAUCUCGGGUCGUCAAAAGCUAUGUCGACACAAGCAGCAAUAGCGACAUUCUUAUUUAUGAUAACGAUGAAUGGGUCGGUUACAUGAGCGCCGCUACGAAAAAGACCCGUGCCACUCUCUAUAGUGCCUGGGGCUUGGGAGGGACCUCUGACUGGGCCAGCGACCUGCAAACCUAUCAUGAUGUUCCCAAGCCGGCGACAAGCUGGGCCAACUUCAUCCAGCUCGCCAAAGCAGGGGAAGACCCUAAGACGGACCAAACGCGUACGGGAAACUGGACCUCGUAUGAUUGCACUGACGAUAAUGUUGCAAAUCUAUUCGACUUCACACCUUCUGAGCGGUGGAAGAACAUGGACACCGAUACUGCAUGGAAAGAUAUUAUCCGAAUUUGGAAUGAAACCGAUAAGCCACGCGGUCUCACCUUCAUGCGAUCUGUUGAAAGUACAACCCGCUUCGAUUAUGAGGAUUGCGGUGAGAUUUCCAAAGAGAGCUGCAGUUCAGUUGGCUGCGAAGACGGCGCAAACGGUAAAACCUCCGGCCCGGCUGCAUUUCUUAUCCUGAGUUCAAUGUCAGAAAUUCACCAAAUGUACUGGGAAUAUCAUGAUGGUUUAUUCCACUCUCUUAGUCUUGUCGGUACAGCACUGGACGAUAUGGAAAACAAAUUUGCGCCUAUCCCACCAGAAGAAGACAAGACCUGGCUCAAUAUCCUUAUUGACAUGCUUACGCUCGGCGCCCUGGGCACUGCCGGGCCGCUGUUCAACACAAUACUGAAGAACCACGAUUGGUUUUCUGGCAGCGCCCUGGACAACGCAAAGGACACCACUAUGACCCUCCUUGGACAAGGUACGACUACUGCCAAGGACGUACUACCUCCGGCUAGUGAUCCCAAGUGGACGCCAGAGGGACAAGACGAGUUUUCUGCCUUUCUGGGGCAAGUGGUGUGGGGCUGGUCUAAUAUCACAUCACUGGCGCUGGAUGACCUGUUCAGUGGAAACGAAACGAGCAUUAAUACCCUCUGGGAAAUCAUAUCAGAUGGCAAGCUCAUCCAGGGUAAGAGGGAUACUGACCCCCCUAAAUCUGGAAAUACCGAGAAUGAGCUGCUUGCCAACAUUAACAAGUGCAUCGUCGGCUUUUCUCUGCCCGCAUUAUGGCGCCAGGCUGGGUCUUACACUUUCAUCAUCGACUCAGGUCAAUCUUGCAACGAAGACCCGGACAUCAGCGAGUACUUGGACAAUGAUACGAUAGACGCCGCCGGUGUUUGCGUUGACAAUCGGCAAUACUACCUCGUCUAUCCGGACGGCGAUGCGACCGACUGUACUUGCAAGAUUAUCAACGAUUCCGGCCCUUGUCAAACAGUCUGCAAAGACAGCAAAUUCUCUGCUCCCAAAGGAAUCGAAUACAUCUCUGGCGACAACAGCUACUACGGCAUCACGACCAACGAGCUGGUCAAGGGCUCUGUCCGGACCUGGAUAGCUAACGGGAGGGAGAACGGCGCUAGCAUAGCAGAUCCCACGAAUCACGGCACCAUGUCUGAUCUGAUAGACGUGGAUGUUACAACGCCCGGCUUCAUGCGGAUUCCUGUUUGUAGCCCCGCCCGCGCCUUUCAAUCCUGGGACACGGCCGACAAAGACUCAAGCCCGAACUGGCCCUGCGAUAUCCCGCCUGGUAAAGAUGAGUGCGGUGAGUCAACCUUUGUGGACCAAACUAGCGAUGCAUCACCAAAGGUAGAAGACUGCCGCCAGAUCAUCAAGAACAUUGAGGGCGAUGCAUCCACUAGCUGGACGACCCAGGUUGUCGGCCAUAACCAGCGCGAGAUUGCCAGUCACGCAUCCUGUCACUUUGGCGUUGAGGCUACUAAAACCAACGGAAAUGUCAAUUUUAAGGUCGGCGGGCAGGAUGUCAUUGAUAUUAUCAACGAUGCUAUCGACAAGUUUGCUAGGGAUGGGCUGAUCGGCGCAAAAGGAAACAUGGAUUGCAAUGGUAAUGUAAAGAGUGAGCCGGUGCUGUGGGGGAUAUACUAGGAAUGAGUAAGCGCUAUACUGCUGGCCGAAAAUGACAGGUCGGCUUAUCUUGCGAAGGAUAUGGGCAUGUUGGUUUGACUAGAAUGUGUUGUUAUAGAGGCAUUCAUGUAGGCUUUGGUCACGUGCUUGGCGCGCGGGCCGCCCACGCAAAGCAUCAUUUCGCGUUGUUUCGCUGCGCGCACCUAGAUAGCCAAUACAACCACUCUUUUGC